GUCUAGAACACUCGAGAAACUUCGAGCUUGACGGCGAAACUUCCGUUGAGCUUUAAAUACCUGCAGGGCUUACGUAGAUAUUCAACAUAUUUCGACACGACUUAGAAAUCAGUAGUAGAUAUUCCCAUCGUGUGCAACUUGUAGUGUUUGUAGACAACGAACAUGGGUAAGGAUUAUUACAAGACCUUGGGCGUCGCAAGGAAUGCAACGCAAGAUGAAAUUAAAAAGGGCUACAGAAAAAUGGCUCUGAAAUACCACCCCGACAAAAACAAAUCGCCGAACGCAGAAGAUAAAUUCAAGGAGAUAUCCGAAGCGUACGACGUGCUUAGUGACAAAGACAAGAAGGAGGUUUACGAUAAGUAUGGGGAGGAGGGCCUGAAAGCAGGGGGUGGUGGAGGUGGUGGCAGCAGCGGGCCAUCAUUCCACUACAGUUACCAGGGCGACCCUAGGGAAACUUUUAGAAUGUUUUUCGGGGAUGAAAACCCUUUCCAGAACUUCUUUGGUUUCAAUCAAGGAAUGGGAGGUGGGCCAGGAUUCCGGACGCAUUUUUCUGGAAUGCCAGGCAGUCACGAAACCAUGGAAACUGACGAUGAUCCUUUCGGAUUUGGUGGUAGAAGUUUCAGUUAUGGACAGGGUGCACCAAACAGGAAGCAACAGGAUAAUGCAGUUGUGCGUGACUUGCAAGUGUCAUUGGAAGACAUUCAUCAAGGGUGCACGAAAAAAUUGAAGAUUACCCGAAAAGUGUUAAAUCCUGAUGGACGCUCGACUAGAAACGAGGAUAAAAUAUUGACUAUUGAUAUAAAGCCAGGAUGGAAAGCUGGUACAAAAAUUACUUUCCCCAAAGAGGGAGACCAGACACCAAAUAACGUGCCGGCUGACAUAGUUUUUGUGAUAAAGGACAAACCACACACAACUUUCACACGAGAUGGAAGCGACAUCAAAUACAAGGCAAAAAUAUCACUAAAACAGGCACUUUGCGGAACAACUUUGCAAGUACCAACCAUAGAUGGGCGCAAAAUACCUCUUCGACUGAACGAAAUCAUCAAGCCAAAUUCGGUGAAGCGUAUACAAGGAGAAGGUCUACCUCAGCCUAAGCAGACAACAAGACGAGGGGACUUGAUUGUAGAAUUUGAUAUUGCAUUUCCAAGCAAAAUGACUUCCAGUGCUAAGGAGAUUCUGUCAGACUGUUUGCCAGAUUCAUGAGGGAUCUUAACAUCAUCAACCUCUUGUUUUUAAGUUUUUUUCAAAGUGUCAUUUAUUAUUUGUCUUGUGUUAGAUUGAAUUCACUCCAUAAUUUUUCAUUGUGAAUAGCAACAUUUAAAUACUUGUUGAGUACAGUUUUAGAAAAGGAAGUUCCAGAAACGAACUGACAUUGGAGAAAAACUGCGCACUGUAGAACCUAAUAGCUUUUCAUUUGUAUUGCCAUAAAAGUGUAUGAUUGAAUAAUUUUUUGUUCAGGUUAUGAGGAUCUGCAUUAUGAUAUUAUUAGACUGAACUAGGCUGGAGAUUUGCAUCUGCGACAAGUUUUACAGCAUCAUGCUGUAACAAGAUGCUGACAUCUCAGUCUAUGAAUCUGGCUUUUAGUUGUAUCUUUCGUGUACCUGGUUGUGAACAUAGUAAUUUGUUACAAUAUAACAUGAAAGCCAGAGAUUUCGUACAACACAUUCUUUUCUGUACAAAUGUCUCUAGUAAAGUCUAACUCCAGACAUUCCUAAGACAAUUGUAUGGUUACGAUGUAUAAAUAUAAUUGUUUUAAGGGUGAAAGUAAAAAUCUGUAAAUUGGGCAUUCAAUUUAACUUAAUGUUGUGUUGUCCCUAAGUACUAAAUCAGGGAAAAUCCGACCCCCACAAAACCUUCUAUUUGCAUGUAUUUAAUGAGCACUUAUUUUUUUACUUGUUCAUGUAUGUGUCAGGUUUUUUCAAAUAAUGCGGGGAAUCUCUUGGGUCAGAUUAUGAAAUGGGCAUGACAAGCAAUUGAACUGUCAUGUUAUUUCAGUUUGCAAUACCUAACCCAGUAGAUGAUCUAAUACCAUCAUGUAUUAAUCAUUACUUUUAAUGUAAUUUUGAGUUAUUUAUGUGGACUUGGUCUCAUAAGGGUCAUUAAAUUAUAUGUUAAUGCCUAAAUGGUAAAUUGUCCAUUUGAAGCAUUUGAUUUAUUACUAUUCUGUAAGAUCAACAUGUUAUUUUAUAUGUUGGCAAUUAGGGCUGUCACGAUUCACCGGUAUACCGGUAUAUCGCGGUGCAUGUCGUGAAAAAAAUCGCACCGCGGUACGGCGUUGCCGCACCGGUUUUUUUAAUAUUAUUAUAUUAGCACAUAUAUAAAUACAUUACAUAAUUAUUUUGAUAUAGAUAUCGUUUUGAAAAUUGUAGAAGCGGUUCAAAAGGGCUAAAUAAAUAAUCCGUUAAUAUCCAGGUCAAGCAAGCGCUUCCACUUGUAGAUGUUUAACUUUCACGUUUAAAAUACGGCGAUGUAUGGGUCCAUACCUUUUUUGGAAUUAGGGACAGAUUUCCUUUGCAAAUAAGUUCAUAAUUAUCCAAAAGAUGUUUAUUUUAUUUCUUAUUUUCUUUCUUUAGUAUAUCGAUCGUUCAAAGCAUGGCACUUCCGAAUCAUGUUAUCUUAAGAUUCUGAAAGUCGAGGAAGAGUCAGAACGCUACGGAUUUUCAAUACUGGGCCCGCUGACUCCGCAUUUUGAACAUGCCCUUGAAGUGUUCGAUGUACACAGAUCGUAGUCACAGCUAUUGUAAACAACAUGGCGGACAUUUGAGAAAAAGACGCGAACAAUAACAAUGACUACUUCUAUCAAGUUUAUUACAGUUUCUUUUACAGUUUCUAGUCAUACUAUGAUACCAGUGUUUUCUGAUUAUUGAGUUUAAUAAAGUUUGUAAAACUUGUUAUUCUGCUGUUUUCUUCACAGAUACAUAUUCUGUAAAAUAUCGCGGUACGUACCGCGAUACAGUGUUGCCGUACCACGAUAUACCGCGGUACGCUCACGGCGUAUCGUGACAGCCCUAUUGGCAAUGUGGCUCAUGUAAUAUUGAUUAUUAUUUUGUGUAUAUCAUGAAUGGCUCAAUAAUACACAUUGUCAAACCCUUCUAAAAAUACCAAUCUCCCAUUGAGCCAGAUUUUUGUUUAUAAUUUUUGUUUGAUGUCUUUGUAAUGCAAACGUGACAUCAAAACCAGUAGAAACCAGUAGCGUACUUUAAUUUUGUUUAUGUCAACUGAACAAUAUUUAAGGCGUUAUUAAGUAUUUAAAUACUCCUCAAUGUAAAAUACAGGAACAAUUGUUUUAUUGUGAUGAAUAAUACGUUUUGAGCCAUUUUUAAUUGGGAGUGUUAUGGACUCCUGGUUGGAAUGUGUAAUUUAUUUGUCAAUGAUUUUUCUCGCAUUUAAAUAGAAUUAUUAGACUUUAUCUCACUGCCAUAUUUAGUGUAUUUAUAGGAAAGGCAUCUUAACAUUUGGGAUUGAUAUAUUGUUUAUAAAUGUAAGCAUUUUAGCUCACCAUGUUGUUGGCUUUAUGAAAAUGUGCCUCCAUUCAUCAGCUUUGUUGAUGUGAAAUAUGUGGGUUGUUUUCAUGAAGAUUGAAAUAAAAUAUAUUUUAUUACAAA